CAUUUUUUUCUCACACAGUGGAGGGUUUUAUACAGCUCUGCCAGUAAACUGCUGGUGCAUUUGAAAGAUUGCAUUUCUCUGUCUACUGCUUGAACAUGAAGACUCAUGGUGCUGUGUUUGUACUACUGUGCUGCAUUGUGGGCUUGUCUGCAGCUUCUGAAGAAUUCUGCGAAAAUUCAGCAAAGUGCAAGCAAGUCGACAGAUGUCCUCAGUCUUGGUCUUUCUACAAUGGACGUUGUUUUUAUGUUGAAAGAACACAAAUGAAUUGGACCCAGGCGCAGGCUAACUGUCAGUCCAUGGGUGGAAACCUUGCUUCGAUUGAGAACGUUUUUGACUACCGACAAAUCCAGGAGUUGAUAAGGAAUGGCACCAACAACUUACCUCAGUCAUGGGUCGGAGGAAGUAAUCGAGAAGAGACCAGCAUUUGGCGUUGGACUGACGGCCGAGAAUUCACCUUCACCGAAUGGUGUCCUGGGGAGCCAAACAGCCAGAUUUCCAACCAGCAUUGCCUGCAAAUCAACUAUUUGAGUCAAAAAUGCUGGGAUGAUGAUUUCUGUAAAUUCCGCAAGGUGUCUGUUUGUGAUGCGGCCGCAGUAUAUGGCAGCAGUGCAACCCUCAGCAGUGUCCAUCAACUUGAUGUGUUGCUGAGUUUGUUUGCCAUUUUCUUUUCAGAUAGGUUCUAAUUUGUUUACUCCAGCAUUCAAUUGAAUGUGCAUCUUUACAUCCUCUCCAGAUCUCAUUUGUAGCCAGUGAAAACAGUUCCAUUUUUGUGCUUACUCAGCUUGUUGCCAUGUGAUAUGUUUAGUGACACGUUUCACUUCAGUUUCACACUUGCUUUUUUUGAUCUUCCUUUUUCACAAAUAUGAAUAUAAUUCUACUGGACACCCCAAGUAUUGAUAAACCCCCAGUGUGCAAAUAUUUCAAAUGUUUCUGACUUUCUAAGUCUAUAAGUGUCAUGGCUUAUUGGUUGGCAAGAGCCAUCAUGGUUAUGCAGCUGGGAAACCAAUCACAGGGAUCUUUAUCAAUGAUAAUAUCACUGCAUAUGUUUUUCUUUCUUUUUUUGCUCUGCAGCUGCCACCAUCAUUUACUGUUUCAAUAAAAGCUU